AUGUUGGAUCUUAGGGUUCCGGAGAAGCUCCGCAAGUUAAACGAAGCAACUUACACUCUUCAUCUAGUUUCCAUUGGCCCUCUUCACCAUGGCAAUCCAAAGUUGAAUGCAAUGGAGCAUCAAAAAUUAAAAAACUAUGAAAACCGUUCAGACGAUUACAUACUGAGAACACCAUGGCAGAAGACAGGUAUAAAACUGGACUUGAUAAUGCUUAAUCAGCUCCCAUAUUUUGUUUUCAAGGAACUAUUUGACUUCAUCUACCCAGAGGACGAAAAUGGGACAGAGAGUAAAAAUAAUCAUCAGCUAUCAGGGCUAACAGGGGAAAGUAAACGCAGCGAUUUCUUUAAGAACAUUUCCUGUGAAUUCUUCCUUGAUUAUUACAGGGUUAAGUUUGUGAGAUGCAAAGAGAAUAGAGUUAUAGCUGACACUAGUCAAAAAACAGAGCCUUAUCCCAUGUUUAAGGGUGUAUAUCGGAAUGAUUUGGAAUUGGAAAUCUCUGAACUGAAGGUAAAAGGCAACACCGAAUGCAUCAUGAGAAAUGUCAUGGCUUUGGAACAGUUUGUUUAUCCGGAUGAGCCUUUUAUCAGCAAUUAUGUUUUCCUGCUGGAUCAACUCAUCAGCACCGCCGAAGAUGUGGAAUUUAUGAUCGACAAGAAAAUUGUUCACAACUGGCUUGGCAGCAAUGAGGAAGUGGUUCGCAUGGUUAACAAACUGUGUGGCCAAAUUGUGGUAUCACGUUACUUCUACGCUGGUCUUUGCCAAAGACUUAACCAGUAUUUUGACAAUCCCUGGAACUUUUUCAGGGCAACCCUCAUGAGGGUUUACUUCAAGGAUCUUUUCACCAUUUGUUCCACGAUUAUUGGAAUUGUUUUCCUUGUAUUCUCCUUCUUCUCUACCUAUUCAACCAUCAAGAGUCUCUUCUUUUAA